CUCCGCAGCCCAAACCCUAACACCGACGGCCCCCCUGCGAUGACCCCGCGCGUGCCGCCGUACCGCCACCAACCGGCGCACCUCGUUCUCACCGACGCUGUUGCUGCCUGGCACCCCUUCCACAAGAAGCCCUGCCUCUCCGACCGCUCCACUGCCCCCCCAUCUGCUCACCACGCUGACGCAGCCGCCGCCGGCGCGGAAACCACGACCCCUCCUCCUUCCGCAGUUGGCAGCGGAGGAUCCUUCCGGUUGCUCGGGCUCCGCAAGCGCCGGCGCCGUGGAGGAAUCUCGCGGUCGGUCUCAGGUCGCAGCAGCGACCGCCGGAGAUCCGGCACGUGCUCCGAUUUCCAUGUAACGUGCGGUCCAGGUGGUGGCGGCGCAACGGACUCCAGUGGCGAGAUGUGGGCAUCGGAUGUUGGGGAGUUGCGGGCGAGGGACGUUCCUAUGGCGCCGGAGUUUGCAUUGGCACCCGUUGGUCUGGCUGGAUCCGGGGCAGGUGGGACGGCCGCCGGGGUUGAGCUGGCAUCGGCUGAGUCCGGCUAUGGCAGCGAGCCUGGCUACCGUGGAGAUGUUGAGCUUGGUUACGGGGAUGAGAUAGACGAAGAGGAGGAGGACGGGAGGCAGCAGGUGUUCUUCUGGGGCGGUGAGAUCGGAGAUUGCAUCGCAGAUAUGGAUAAGAUGGUCAUUGUUGGUGAUAGUAGUUUUGGGGAGCAGAAGAGUCAUCACCGAUGCAGGCGCAAGAAGCAUGAUGUGAGGAUGUUGGAUGCUUUGAGAUGAAAAUGUUAAUGAGACCGGUAAAAAUCUGUGCAUCAUUCUGUCUUGGUUUGCUUUCCGGAUGCACCUCUUCCUCAGAAUCAGUUAUGUAUAUCAGGCUCUGUACAGUUGUUUCUCACAAUCAGCAAUACUCCCUCCAUUCCAAUGAAUAAGGCGCACACGCUUUUUAUAAUCCAACUUUGAUUAUAAAUUAGAUCAAUAAUAUAUAUUUUGUGACUUAAAAAGUAUACCAUUGAAAACUUCUUUUCAAUAUGAAUUCAACGGUAUAAUUUUAUCACAUAUAAUCCACAUUUGGUUGGUCUAAUUUAUGGUCAAAGUUGAAUUUUGGGGCGUGCACGCCUUAUUCAUUGGACUGGAGGGAGUAUGCCGUGUAAGAAUGAAUGGGUUACCUGCUCAUUUACGUGGCUAGAUUUUUAUUUGUAAUUAUAACAUUUUAAAAAACUGUAUUUGAAAAGUUAUUUGUGUUUUGAAAUGAUCAUUUCAUUUGCUGAAA